ACUAAUUUCGACCCGAAAAUAAGUCUUUCAUUAUUUUCGUGUCAAAGUGCAAGAAGGUCAAUCGGCAACAAGAAGGAAUGGCGACGCCCCAGCGCUCGGUCUUCUGUGACCGUCCCUUCAUCACAUACCCGACGCGGGAUCGUUUGUAUGGGCUCUGCUGGAGGCCAGACCUGAGCUCGCUGCGAAUUGCCGCCUCUACCUUCAUCCCGGGCGAAUACGCCAACAAGAUCGAGAUCUUUCACCCGACGGCGAACCAGAAGGAGGUGGUCUCCGCACUGGAGAUCGACCAUCCGUACCCACCCACCAAGAUCAUGUGGUCACCGGCUUCGCUCGGCUCGCACGUGGAAUUGCUAGCAACUACUGCCGACUUUUUGCGGCUGUGGACAAUCUCAGACUCGUCCAUUGAGCUGCACUCAAGAUUCACAGAGAAAAAGAAUAACAAUGACGCCUGUGCGCCACUCACCAGCUUCGAUUGGAAUGAGGUGGAACCAAACAUUAUCGGAACGUCCAGCACAGGCACUACGUGUACCAUCUGGGACAUCAAUCAACCAACUUCGCCUAAGCACCAAAUUGUUACGCAUGACACAGAGGUUUACGACAUUGCAUUCUCAAGUAGUGACCCAAAUAAGUUUGCUUCGGUAGGAGGUGACGGUUCGCUGCGAUUAUUUGACUUGAGAUCAUUGGCUUCAAGCACCAUCGUGUACGAAGAUCCAAAAGAUGCACCCCUUCUCCGACUAGCGUGGAACAAACGGGAUGACCACUUUAUUGCGACGUUCGCCGACGAUAGCACCAAGAUUUCCGUGAUCGACCUUCGUCGUCCCAUCUACCCAAUGGCGGAGCUGGACCAACACAAAGCAGGCGUCAACUCAAUGUCAUGGUCUCCGCACUCACGGUACGAUCUCUGUAGUGCUGGUGAAGACAACACUGCAAUCGUAUACGACAUCUGCGCCCCAAUGACGAGUUCUGGGGAUAGCGUUGAGGGUACCUGCUACACCUUAUUGAAGUCGGACGAACCUAUCAACCAGAUCCGGUGGUCUCCAACGGAACCUAACUGCAUUGCACUCUGCGACGAGAAGGCCCUACACGUCGUUCAGAUGUAAGAUUCGAAGCAGUCCAUGUUGUGUUUUGCCUUGACCUCGAUUGUCAGAAGCCUAAGUAAUCGUGCACCAAUACCACAUUUAUACGAUAUCAUGUUCAGCCUCAUGGUUGUGUGUGUUACCAACUCUUAAUGAAAGUGCUU